AUGGCAAACAAAUGGCUAAAACUGUGGCUUGAGGCUAUUGAAAAACGAGUCAAUUUUAGGGUUAGGGUUAUAGAGAUGGCUUUCGUGCUUGACUUGAUCGUCGCCGGCAUCGCCGUUGUUCAGGUCUCGUUGACUGUCAUGGUACGAGGAAGUGCAACGACCACAUUUCUGGGAGCCGGUCUCACCGGUGUCAUCAAUUUUGCGUUGAAUAUGAAUUUCCUGAUUCAAAAUUGGACCGUUCCCGAGACUAAUAUUCAAGCAAUCUGGCCCAUUAAGGUGUUCUGUGAAGAUACGCCGUCAGAGGAGACGGAGUCGACUAUAGAACCGCCGCUAGAUUGGCCCUCGGCGGGAAAAGCAUCAUUUCAGAAUGUUUAUGCUUCAUAUGUCGCUGGAGCGAUAGAUGUCCUCGAAGAUAUCACAUUUGACGUUGAACCUAGUCAAAAAAUUGGCAUCUGUGGGCGAACCGGAAGCUCAAUUCUAUCGGCACUUUCUAAAAUUCUCCAAAUCUCGCGAGGAAGCAUAACAGUCGACGGCCUGGAACUGAAAUGGAUAUCACCAGAUGCUCUGCGUGAAAGAUUGUUGGCCCUCCCACAGAAUCCAGUCUUGGUACCGGGCAAGAUCAGAGAGAACGUCGAUCCAAGGGGUACUUUCACAGAUGCAGAAUGCAUAUCAUUCCUUGAAAAGGUAGGCUUAUGGGAAUUUCUGGAGCAGCAAGGAGGGUUAGAUGCACCUGCAAAUGAGCAGACACUUUCGGUCGGUCAGAGUCAGCUUCUGGUUCUAGCAAGGGCUCUUGCGCAUCCUAGUUCUGUUAUGAUGAUGAAUGAAAUUACGAGCAGUCUCGAUGCAAAGUCGGACCUUGUGAUACGAGACAUCAUUCGGGAAAACUUCCAGAACAACACGAUUAUCAGUGUAGCGCAUAAACUCGAACACCUUCUUGAGUGUGAUAAAGUCGUGUUGUUAGUAACGGGCGUCUUCAGGAGUACGAUGAUCCUCAGUGCUGUUGGAGAGAGAGGACUCGCAUUUCAGAGCUUUAUUCUUUGA